UUUUUUCGCGCCGUCGAUGGACUAUCCACAUGAUGUUUAAUCAGCGGGAAUCAUGCGCAGUAAAGACCCGAGGAGGUCGUCACACAGCUCUUCUAGUCCAAAAUGGCGCUAUGUUUACGUCUCCGUAUAAUCGUGUAUUAUCUCUAGCAAGACUCAUGGAGAGCUUUGGUGAUUUUAUUCACUGGGAAAGAUAAUUUGACGUAACAUUUAGAUACACCAGAGACCUACGACAAAUCGGACAUUCGGUUAUGACAAUUUAAGAUCUGUGGCUAUAAAGUUCACCAGCAGCAGUAGGAAGGAUGCAAGCUGAGGCCACAGACUCUGCACUGAGAGAGGGCAUAGAGACUCUGGGUGUGAUGGACACUGAACAACCUGCAGCAGGCAAAGAGAAAGAGGGCAACACAGAGCAACAGGACACGGAGAUGACAGCUGCCACAGAGGAGGUGGCAACAAUCAAGGAUGAAAAGGACGGAGACGACGAUGCGAUGGAAGGAGAAGCACACAAGGAUGAACCUCAGGCAAACAUGGGGGUGGAUGGGGAAGAGGGAAAGCAGGCUGUUGGAGGGGACAGUGAAUGGGAGCUUGCGUACAGCGACGAGGAAAUAGAGGACCCCAAAAACUGGAUGCCCCCUACUGCUGAGAUCAAAAGACUCUAUGAGCUGCUCUCUAAAGGGGAGAUGCUGGAAUUGAACUUUGUGCCCCUUCCAAGGAGGCCGCCUACACCUGAACGCACCCCCUCGCCUGAAAGAGAGGAUGAGGAAGAUACAGUGAAGGAAAGAGAGAGGGAGGAGAACGAACGCAGGCCUCCAACUCCGACUGAAUUUGACUUUGAUGAGACACAAGCCACUCCGAAAAAUGCCUUCAUGAACAGACGCAGAACACCAGGAUCUUCAGCUCGCUCCUCUGUGAAAAGGGAAGCUCGGCUGGACAAAGUACUGUCAGACAUGAAGCGGCACCGCAAAAUCGAGGAGCACAUCAUGCGUACGGGUCGAGAUCUCUUCAAGAGUGAAAAGAAGCUGGAGGAGGCUCUGUCUCCAAACAGCCAGAAGGAGCGGGAGAAGGAAAGGGAACGAGACAGCAACCCCAACACCAUCUUCUCCCCGAGACAGAGGAGAUACUGAAGUAUUAAGAGAUGAGAUGAGGACUUGCCCCACGGGCGAAUAAGGCCAAGUGCUUUCCAAGGCUUUCUCAAAACUUGAAUUUUUUAAUGUAACGAGUUUUGUAUGUUUUGUAUGUGUUUUGUAUAUUGGCAAUAAACAUUUUAACCCUG